AGACGUGAAAUACAAAAUCAUCAGACUGGAACAAAACAAGGACGAAAUACUGAAAUUAGUCAGUGUUCUAGAGCAAAACUAUGAGGCUCUGGAUGCACAAACAAUAACUAUGACAUGUUUCACUGAGAAACUGGCCAAAGAAAGGGAAGGUUUGAUGAGUUUGUUGUCAGAAUUUGUCAGACAGAGACAAGACAUGGAAAGUCAACUGGAGCCAGUCACUUUCUCAGAAAAGGAAGAUCUUGUAAAUCUAAAGGCAGAGCUGGAUCAAAAGAGGGUGGAUAUGGAAAGAAUGAGUGAGAUGAUGAACCGAGAAAAAAUUAUGAGAUCAGACAUCCAAAGGCAAAAUGACCAAUUAAAACAUGACAUAAAUGUGGAAAAAGAAAAGUUGGAAAUCACAAAAACUGAACUUCAAAAGACAAAAGAACAUAAUGUCAAGCUGUUUGAGGAGAUAAGUCAAGAGAAAACCAACAGUGAAGACCUGAAAGUCCAGGUUCAGGAACAAAGAAACAAACUUGAAGAUGUCAUUGGAAAGAUGACUUUACAACAAAAAGAACAAGAGCUACAUGAUGACACCAUCAGAAGACUGAAACAAGAACUGGAAACCAGUGAGAACAGUCGACUAAGAGAAAGAACAGAACUUGAACUGUUGAAGAAUGAAAAAGACAAACUGGAAAGAGACAAUUCUGAGCUGAUAAGAAGAGAAGAUGAAGUCUUAAAUAAAAUGAAAGACAUUGAAAUUCUGAAAGUAAAACUUCAACAACUGAAUGAAAGAAUGAGUGACAACAUCAAACAGAAAAUGGAAAAUUUACAACAAAACAAUGAAGACACACGACUUCUGUACACUGCACUGGAAGAACAGUUAACUAAACUUGAUGGACAGAAAGAAAAACUGGCUACUUCCACUGAAAUGUUGAGCAAAGAAAAGGAAAGUCUGAUAAGUUUACUGUCAGAUAUAGUCAUCCAGAAAAAGGACAUUGAGAAUGUAUGGAAGCAAAAGUCUCUGAAUGAAAAAUUACAUCUUGACAAACUGAAGGCAGAGCUGAAGGAAGAGAGAGAAGAUCUGGACAGAGCAAAUGAGAUGAUGAACAAUUCCAAACUGGAGUUUGAGCAGAUGAAGACUGACAUCAAGCAACAAACUGACCUAUUAGAACAAGGAAGACGAGAUAUGGAAAUGACAAAGACUGAGCUACAGAAGAUGAAGGAACAUGCAGACAGUCUGUUUGAUGAGAUAAACAGAGAUAAAACCAACAUUAAUGAUCUUAAUUGUCAGGUUCAGGAACAAAGAGACAAACUUUAUGGCGUAAUAAACUCAAUUGCUUUGAAACAAAAAGAGCAAGAACAAAAAGAAGAUGACAUCAGAAGACGAACUCAAGAAAUGCAAACUUACAAGAACAGAGUUUUGGCAGAAAGAGAAGAACUGGACAUUUUGAGAAAGGAUGUUGAAAAUAAGCAACAUGAGGUUGAAGCUGCUAUGAACGACAUCAAAGAAGAGAGAGAACACUUCAGUCAGAUGAAGGCAGACAUUGACAAAGAGAGAGAAACACUGAUGAAUGAAAAGGACAGAAUUGAAGUACAACUGUCUGAGCUGAAAAUGAGAGAAAAUAAAAUCCUGACUGACAUGGAGAAAUUGGAAACUCUGAGAGCAAGACUUCGAGGGCUGAAUGAAAAGAUGGGUGAAGACGUGAAAAACAAUGUCAUCAGACUGGAGCAAAACCAGGGUAACUUACUGAAAUUUGUCAGUGUUCUGGAGCAAAACCAUGAGAUUCUGAAUGCACAAACAAUAACUAUGACAUGUUCCACUGAGAAACUGGCCAAAGAAAGGGAAGGUUUGAUGAGCGUGUUGUCAGAAAUUGUCAGACAGAGACAAGUCAUGGAAAGUCAACUAGAGUCAGACACUUUCUUAGAAAAAGAAGAUCUCUUAAAUCUAAAGUCAGAGCUGGAUCAAAAGAGAGAGUAUAUGGAAAGAAUGAGUGAGAUGAUGAACCGAGAAAAAAUGGAUUUGAAGCUGAUGAGGUCAGACAUCCUAAGGCAAAAUGACCAAUUAAAACAUGACAUAAAUGUGGAAAAAGAAAAGUUGGAAAUCACAAAAACUGACCUUCAAAAGACAAAAGAAGACAAUAUCAAACUGUUUGAGGAGAUAAGCCAAGAGAAAACCAUCAUUGAAGACCUGAAGGUCCAGGUUCAGGAACAAAGAAACAAAUUUGAAGAUGUCAUUGGAAAGAUGACUUUACAACAAAAAGAACAAGAGCUACAUGAUGACACCAUCAGAAGACUGAAACAAGAACUGGAAACCAGUGAGAACAGUAGACUAAGAGAAAGAACAGAACUUGAACUGUUGAAGAAUGAAAAAGAGAAAUUGGAAAGAGAAAAUUCUGAGCUGAUAAGAAGAGAAGAUGAAGUCUUAAAUAAAAUGAAAGACAUUGAAAUUCUGAAAGUAAAACUUCAACAACUGAAUGAAAGACUGAGUGAGAACAUUAAACAGAAAAUGGAAAGUUUACAACAAAACAAAGAAGACACACUACUUCUGUACACUGCACUGGAAGAACAGUUAACUAAACUUGAUGGACAGAAAGAAACAUGUGUUUGUUUCACUGAGUUGUUUGGCAGAGACAAGGAUGCUUUGAUACGUUUACUGUCAGACACAGUCAUCCAGAAAGAGGACAUUGAGCUAAAGUUUCUGAAUGAAAAAUUACAUCUUGACAAACUGAAGGCAGAGCUGAAGGAAGAGAGAGAAGAUCUGGACAGAGCAAAUAAGAAGAUGAACAAUUCCAAACUGGAGUUUGAGCAGAUGAAGACUGACAUCAAACAACAAACUGACCAAUUAGAACAAGGAAGACGAGAUAUGGAAAUGACAAAGACUGAGCUACAGAAGAUGAAGGAACAUGCAGACAGACUUCUUGAUGAGAUAAACAGAGAUAAAACCAACAUUAAUGAUCUUAAUUGUCAGGUUCAGGAACAAAGAGACAAACUUUUUGAUGAGAGAGAAGAAUUGGACAUUUUGAGAAAGGAUGUCAGAAAUAAGAAACGUGAAGUUGAAGCUGCUAUGAAGAACAUCAGAGAAGAGAGAGAACUCUUCAGUCAGAUGAAGGCAGACAUUGACAAAGAAAGAGAAAUCCUUAUGAAUCAAAAACAUAUAAUGGAAGAACAAUGGUCUGAACUGAAAAUGAGGGAAAAUGAAAUCAUGAGUGAAAUGAAUUCCAUGAAAUCUCUGAAAGCAAGACUUCAGGAGCUGAAUGAAAGAAUAAGUGAAGACGUGAAAUACAAAAUCAUCAGACUGGAACAAAACAAGGAAGAAAUACUGAAAUUAGUCAGUGUUCUGGAGCAAAACCAUGAGACUCUGAAUGCACAAACAAUAACUAUGACAUGUUACACUGAGAAACUGGCCAAAGAAAGGGAAGGUUUGAUGAGCGUGUUGUCAGAAUUUGUCAGACAGAGACAAGACAUGGAAAGUCAACUGGAGCCAGUCACUUUCUUAGAAAAAGAAGAUCUCUUAAAUCUAAAGGCAGAGCUGGAUCAAAAGAGAGAGGAUAUGGAAAGAAUGAGUGAGAUGAUGAACCGAGAAAAAAUGGAUUUGGAGCUGAUGAGGUCAGACAUCCAAAGGCAAAUUGACAAAUUAAAACAUGACAUAAAUGUGGAAAAAGAAAAGUUGGCAAUCACAAAAACUGAACUUCAAAAGACGCAAGAACAUAAUGUCAAACUGUUUGAGGACAUAAGUCAAGAGAAAACCAACAGUGAAGACCUGAAAGACCAGGUUCAGGAACAAAGAAACAAACUUGAAGAUGUCAUUGGAAAGAUGACCUUACAACAAAAAGAACAAGAGCUACAUGAUGACACCAUCAGAAGACUGAAACAAGAACUGGAAACCAGUGAGAACAGUAGACUAAGAGAAAGAACAGAACUUGAACUGUUGAAGAAUGAAAAAGAGAAAUUGGAAAGAGAAAAUUCUGAGCUGAUAAGAAGAGAAGAUGAAGUCUUAAAUAAAAUGAAAGACAUUGAAAUUCUGAAAUUAAAACUUCAACAACUGAAUGAAAGAAUGAGUGACAACAUUAAACAGAAAACAGAAAGUUUACAACAAAACAAAGAAGACACACGACUUCUGUACACUGCACUGGAAGAACAGUUAACUAAACUUGAUGGACAGAAAGAAAAACUGGCUUCUUCCACUGAAAUGUUGAGCAAAGAAAAGGAAAGUCUGAUAAGUUUACUGUCAGAUAUAGUCAUCCAGAAAGAGGACAUUGAGAAUGUAUGGAAGCAAAAGUCUCUGAAUGAAAAAUUACAUCUUGACAAACUGAAGGCAGAGCUGAAGGAAGAGAGAGAAGAUCUGGACAGAGCAAAUGAGAAGAUGAACACUUCCAGACUGGGGUUUGAGCAGAUGAAGACUGACAUCAAACAACAAACUGACCAAUUAGAACAAGGAAGACGAGAUAUGGAAAUGACAAAGACUGAGCUACAGAAGAAUAUGGAACAUGCAGACAGUCUGUUUGAUGAGAUAAACAGAGAUAAAACCAACAUUAAUGAUCUAAAACUUCAGGUUCAGGAACAGAGAGACAAACUUUAUGGCGUAAUAAACUCAAUUGCUUUGAAACAAAAAGAGCAAGAACAAAAAGAAGAUGACAUCAGAAAACAAACUCAAGAAAUGCAAACUUACAAGAACAGUGUUUUUGCAGAAAGAGAAGAACUGGACAUUUUGAGAAAGGAUGUUGAAAAUAAGCAACAUGAGGUUGAAGCUGCUAUGAACGACAUCAAAGAAGAGAGAGAACACUUCAGUCAGAUGAAGGCAGACAUUGACAAAGAGAGAGAAACACUGAUGAAUGAACGUGACAUAACUGAAGGACAACUGUCUGAGCUGAAAGUAAAAGAAACUAGGAUCAUGAAUGUAAUGAAAACAUUAGAAUCUUUGAAAUCAAGACUUCACGAGCUGAAAGAAAGAAAGAGUGAAGACAUGAAAAACAAAGUCAUCAAACUGGAACAAAACAACUACAACUUACUGAAACUAGUCAGUGUUCUGGAGCAAAGGUGUGAGGCUCUGGAUGCACAAAAAGUAACUAUGACAUGUUAUACUGAGAAACUGGCCAAAGAAAAGCAAAGUUUGAGGAAAGUGUUGUCAGAAAUUGUCAGAGAGAGACAAGACAUGGAAAGUCAAAAGACAGAUCAAGUAAAUCUAAAGGCAGAGCUGGAUCAAAAGAGAGAGGAUCUGGAAAGAAUGAAUGAGAUGAUGAAUCAAGAAAAAAUGGACUUGGAGCUGAUGAGGUCAGCCAUUGAGAAUCGUAGUGACCUUUUAGAACAUGGAAUAAAACAGGAAAAAGAAAAAAUGGAAAUCACAAAAACUGAACUCAGAAAGAUGAGAGAACAUGCAGACAGUCUGUUUGAUGAGGUAAACAGAGAGAAAACCAACAUAAAAUACCUGAACGUUCAGGUUCAGGAACAAAGAAACAAAGUUAAAGAUGUCUUGGGAAAGAUGGCCUUCAAACAAAAAGAACAAGAGCUACAUGAUGACACCAUAAGAAGACUGAAACAAGAACUGGAAACUGGAAGAAUAGAUCUUGAACUGUUGAGGAAGAAUAUCAACAAGACAAAAGAAGAAGUUGAAGCUGCCAUGAGUAGCAUUACUGGAGAAAGAGAACAUCUCAGUCACAUGAAGAAUGAACUUGAAAGAGAAAGAGAAAAGCUUUUGAAUGAAAAGGAAAAUCUGGAAAGAGAAAGUUCUGAGCUGAUAAGAAGAGAAGAUGAAGUCUUAACUAAAAUGAAUGACACUGAAAUUCUGAAAGUAAAACUUCAACAACUGAAUGAAAGAAUGAGUGACAACAUUAAACAGAAAACAGAAAGUUUACAACAAAACAAAGAAGACACACGACUUCUGUACACUGCACUGGAAGAACAGUUAACUAAACUUGAUGGACAGAAAGAAAAACUGGCUUCUUCCACUGAAAUGUUGAGCAAAGAAAAGGAAAGUCUGAUAAAUUUACUGUCAGAUAUAAUCGUCCAGAAAGAGGACAUUGAGAAUAUGUGGAAACAAAGAAUUGUGAAUGAAAAAAUAAAUCUUGACAAACUGAAGGCAGAGUUGAAGGAAGAGAGAGAAGAUCUGGACAGAGCAAAUGAGAUGAUGAACAAUUCUAAACUGGAGUUUGAGCAGAUGAAGACUGACAUCAAGCAACAAACUGACCGACUAGCACAAGGAAGACGAGAUAUGGAAAUGACAAAGACUGAGCUACAGAAGAUGAAGGAACAUGCAGACAGACUUUUUGAUGAGAUAAACAGAGAUAAAACCAACAUUAAUGAUCUAAAACUUCAGGUUCAUGAACAGAGAGGCAAACUUUAUGGCGUAAUAAACUCAAUUGCUUUGAAACAAAAAGAGCAAGAACAAAAAGAAGAUGACAUCAAAAGACAGAAUCAAGAAAUGCAAACUGACAAGAACAGUGUUUUGGCAGAAAGAGAAGAACUGGACAUUUUGAGAAAGGAUGUUGAAAAUGAGAGACUUGAGGUUGAAGCUGCUAUGAACGACAACAGAGAAGAGAGAGAACACUUCAGUCAGAUGAAGGCAGACAUUGACAAAGAGAGAGAAACACUGAUGAAUGAAAAGGACAGAAUUGAAGCACAACUGUCUGAGCUGAAAAUGGUAGAAAAUAAAAUCCUGACUGACAUGGAGAAAUUGGAAACUCUGAGAGCAAGACUUCAGGAGCUAAAUGAAAGGAUGAGAGAAGACGUGAAAAACAAAAUCACCAGAUUGGAACAAAACAAGGGAGACAUACUGAAACUAGUCAGUGUUCUGGAGCAAAAACAUGAGGCUGUGGAUGCACAUGAAGUAACUAUGACAUAUUACACUGAGACAUUGGCCAGGGAAAGGGAAGGUUUGAAGACUUUGUGGUCAGAAAUUGUCAGACAGAGACAAAACAUGGAAAGUCAAGUUGAACGAGAGACUUUAACAGAAAAGGCAGAUCUAGUAAAAUUAAAGGCAGAGCUGGAUCAAAAGAGAGAGGAUAUAGAUAAAGACAAAAUGGACUUGGAGUUGAUGAAGUCAGACAUUCAGAAACAACAUGACCUAUUUCGACAUGACAUCAAAGAGGAAACAGGAAAGCUGGAAACCACAAAGACGGAACUUCUGAAGAAGAAAGAAGAUGCAGACAGACUGUUAGAUGAGAUAAACAGAGAUAAAACAAACAUGAAACAACUUACUGUUCAGGUUCAGGAGCAAAGAAACAAACUUCAUAAUGUGAUCAUUUCAAUGACCUUGAAGCAAAAAGAGCAAGAACUUAAGGAUGAUGAUAUCAGAAGACAAAUUCAGGAACUACAAACCCAUAAGAACAGAGUUUUUGCCAAAAGAGAUGAACUGAAUAUCUUAAGAAAGGAUAUCCACAAUAAGAAAGAAAAGUUUGAAUCUGCGUUGAGCAGCAUCAGUAAAGAAAAGGAAAAACUCAAUGACCUGAAGACUAGUCUGGAAAUGGAAAGACAAAGACUUGAGAAUGAGAGAGAUGAAGUGGAGGCUGAUCGUUCUGCGUUAAAAGUCAGAGAAGAUCAGUUCAUGAGUAAAAUACUGCCCAUCCAAACAGUGAUAGGUAAACUGAAAGUGCUCAAUGCAAAGACAUGUGUAGAUGUUCAAAAGAAGAUUCAUCAGUUGGAGCAAAACAGUGAAGACAUGCAGAAAUUAUCUCUGGUAUUGGAGCAGAAACAUUCAGACUUUGAAGUACAGAGAAACCAGAUAUGGGUUCACACUGACCUGACACAGAGAAAAAUGGCCGAUCUGAAAAUGUUAUCAGAUAUGGUAACACAAAGAAAAGAAAUGGAGAAUCAAUGGAAGCAAGAUCUUCAUGUGGAAACACUACAACUAAACAAACGGAAGGCCGAGCUGAAGGAAGAAAGACAAGAACUGCAAAGACAGAAUGAGAUAAUAAAUAAAGAGAAAGUGGAGUUGUUGGUGAUGAGAUCUGACAUCAAGCAACAAACUGACCGACUGGAACAAGGGCAGCGAGAUAUGGAAAUGACAAAGAAUGAGCUACAAAAGACAAGGGAACAUGCACAAAGUCUGUUAGAUGAGAUAAUGAGAGAGAAAACCAAAAAGGAAGAUCUGAAUCUUCAGGUUCAGGCACAAAGAGAUAAACUCUAUGAUGUGAUAAAUGUAAUCACUCUCAAAGAAAAAGAACAACAACAAAGGGAGGAUAACAUCAAACGACAAUUUCAAGAACUGCAAAACCAUAUGAACAGAGUUUUGGCAGAAAGACAAGACCUGGACAUUUUGAGAAAGGAUCUCAACAAUAUGGAACAUGAGGUUGGAGCUUCUAUGAACAACAUCAGAGAGGAGAGAGAAACAUUCAUGAAUGAAAAGGACAGAAUUGAAGCACAACUGUCUGAGCUGAAAAUGAGAGAAAAUAAAAUCCUGAAUGAAAUGAAAACACUGGAAACUCUGAGAGUAAGAUUUAAAGAGCUAAAUGAAAAGAUGAGUGAAGGCAUGAAAAGCAAAUUCAUCAGACUGCAACAAAACAAGGACGAAAUACUGAAAUUAGUCAGUGUUCUAGAGCAGAAACAUAAGGCUCUGGGUGCACAUGAAGCAACUAUGACGUAUUACACUGAGAAACUGGCCAAAGAAAGUGGAGGUUUGAGGAGUUUGUUGUCAGAAAUUGUAAAACUAAAGGCAGAGCUGGAUCAAAAGAGAGAGGAUAUGGAAAGAAUGAGUGAGAUGAUGAACCAAGAAAAAAUGGAUUUGGAGCUGAUGAGGUCAGACAUCCAAAGGCAAAAUGACCAAUUAAAACAUGACAUAAAUGUGGAAAAAGAAAAGCUGGCAAUCACAAAAACUGAACUUCAAAAGACAAAAGAACAUAAUGUCAAGCUGUUUGAGGAGAUAAGUCAAGAGAAAACCAACAGUGAAGACCUGAAAGUCCAGGUUCAGGAACAAAGAGACAAACUUGAAGAUGUCAUUGGAAAGAUGACUUUACAACAAAAAGAUCAAGAGCUACAUGAUGACACCAUCAGAAGACUGAAACAAGAACUGGAAACCAGUGAGAACAGUAGACUAAGAGAAAGAACAGAACUUGAACUGUUGAAGAAUGAAAAAGAGAAAUUGGAAAGAGAAAAUUCUGAGCUGAUAAGAAGAGAAGAUGAAGUCUUGAAUAAAAUGAAAGACAUUGGAAUUCUGAAAGUAAAACUUCAACAACUGAAUGAAAGAAUGAGUGACAACAUCAAACAGAAAAUGGAAAAUUUACAACAAAACAAUGAAGACACACGACUUCUGUACACUGCACUGGAAGAACAGUUAACUAAACUUGAUGGACAGAAAGAAAAACUGUUUUGUUUCACUGAGUUGUUGAGCAAAGAAAAGGAAAGUCUGAGAAGUUUACUGUCAGAUAUAGUCAUCCAGAAAAAGGACAUUGAGAAUGUAUGGAAGCAAAAGUCUCUGAAUGAAAAAUUACAUCUUGACAAACUGAACGCAGAGCUGAAGGAAGAGAGAGAAGAUCUGGACAGAGCAAAUGAGAUGAUGAACAAUUCCAAACUGGAGUUUGAGCAGAUGAAGGCUGACAUCAAGCAACAAACUGACCAAUUAGAACAAGGAAGACGAGAUAUGGAAAUGACAAAGACUGAGCUACAGAAGAUGAAGGAACAUGCAGACAGUCUGUUUGAUGAGAUAAACAGAGAUAAAACCAACAUUAAUGAUCUAAAACUACAGGUUCAUGAGCAAAAGGACAAACUAUAUGGCAUAAUAAACUCAAUUGCUUUUAAACAAAAAGAGCAAGAACAAAAAGAAGAUGACAUCAGAAGACAAACUCAAGAAAUGCAAACUUACAAGAACAGAGUUUUGGCAGAAAGAGAAGAACUGGACAUUUUGAGAAAGGAUGUUGAAAAUAAGCAACAUGAGGUUGAAGCUGCUAUGAACGACAUCAAAGAAGAGAGAGAACACUUCAGUCAGAUGAAGGCAGACAUUGACAAAGAGAGAGAAACACUGACGAGUGAAAAAGAUAGAAUGGGAGAACAAUGGUCUGAUAUGAAAAUGAGGGAAUAUGAAAUCAUGAAUGAAAUUAAAUCAUUGGAAUUUGUGAAAGCAAGAAUUCAGGAGCUGAAUGAAAGAAUAAGUGAAGACAUGAAAAACAAAAUCAUCAGACUGGAACAAAACAACUACAACAUACUGACACUAGUCAAUGUUCUGGAGCAAAAACACGAGGCUCUGGAUGCACAACAACAAACUAUGACAUGUUACACUGAGAAACUGGCCAGAGAAAGGAAAGGUUUAAGGAAAGGGUUGUCAGAAAUGAUCAGACUGAGACAAGACAUGGUCGGUCACCCGGAGUCAGACACUUUCUUAGAAAAGGAAGAUCUAGCUGAACUAAAGGCAGAGCUGGAUCAAAAGAGAGAGGAUAUGGAAAGAAUGAAUGAGAUGAUGAACCAAGACAAACUGGACUUAGAGAUGAUGAGGUCAGACAUCCAGACACAAAGUGACCGAUUACGACAUGAUAUAACAAAGGAAAAAGAAAAGUUGGAAAUCACAAUGACUGAACUUCAAAAGAAGAAAGCAGAUGCUGACAGACUGUUUGGUGAGUUAAACGAAGAGAAAAACACCAUUAAAUAUAUGAAACUUCAGGCUCAAGAACAAAGAGAUAAACUUGAAGAUGUUAAAAAGAUGAUUUCCAAACAAAAAGAACAAGAGCUACAUGAUAACACCAUAAGAAGACUGAAACAAGAACUGGAAUCCAGUGAGAACAGUAGAGUAAGAGAAAGAACAGAACUUGAACUGUUGAGGAAGAAUAUCAACAAGACAAAAGCAGAAGCUGAAGCUGCCAUGAGCAGCAUUACUGGAGAAAGAGAACAUCUCAGUCACAUGAAGAAUGAAAUUGAAAAAGAAAGAGAAAAUAUUUUGAAUGAAAAGGAAAAUCUGGAAAGAGAAAGUUCUGAGCUGAUAAGAAGAGAAGAUGAAGUCUUAAAUAAAAUGAGAGAUAUUGGCUUUCUAAAAGUAAAACUUCAACAGUUGAAUGAAAGAAUGAGUGAGAACAUUGAACAGAGAACAGAAAGUUUACAACAAAACAAAGAAGACACACGACAUCUGUACACUGCACUGGAAGAACAGUUAACUAAACUGGAUGGACAGAAAGAAAAAUUUGUUUGUUUCACUGAGUUGUUUGGCAGAGACAAGGAUGCUUUGAUAAGUUUACUGUCAGACACAGUCAUCCAGAAAGAGGACAUUGAGCUAAAGUUUCUGAAUGAAAAAUUACAGCUUGACAAACUGAAGGCAGAGCUGAUGGAAGAGAGAGACGAACUUUCCAAAUAUAAUGAGACAAUUACGAAGGAGAUAUCGGAGUUUGAGCUGAUGAAAGCUGACAUCAAACGACAAUCUGACCUCAUGGAACAGGUUCGUGAGCAAAGAGACAAACUGAAGGAUGUGAUUAACUCAAUUGCUUUGAAACAAAAAGAGCAAGAAGAAAAGGGAGAUGACGUCAGAAGACAAACGAAAGAACUGCAAAACCAUAUGAAUAGAGUUUUGGCAGAGAGACAAGAACUGGACGUUUUGAGAAAGGACGUCGAAAAUCAGCAACAUGAGGUUGAAGCUGCUAUGAACGACAUCAAAGAAGAGAGAGAACACUUCAGUCGGAUGAAGACAGACACUGACAAAGAGAGAGAAACACUUUUGAAUGAAAAGGACAUAAUCAGAGGACAAAUGUGUGAGCUGGAAGCAAGAGAAAAUAAGAUCAUGAGUGAAAUGAAAACAUUAGAAUCUCUGAGAGCAAGACUUCACGAGCUGAAAGAAAGAACAAGUGAAGACGUGAAAAACAAAAUCACCAAACUGGAACAAAACGAGGAGAACCUACUGAAACUAGUCAGUGUUCUGGAGCAAAAACACAAAGCUCUGGAUGCACAAAAACUAACUAUGACAGGUUACACUGAGAAACUGGCCACAGAAAGGGAAAGUUUGAGGAGUUUGUGGUCAGAAAUGCUCAGAGAGAGACGAGACAUGGAAGGUCAAAAGACAGAUCAAGUAAAACUGCAGACAAAGGUGGACAAAAAGAGAGAAGAUCUGGAAAGAAUGAACAAGGCGAUGAAGGAGCUGAUAUCGUCUGAUAUCCAGAAACAACAUGACAUAAAAGAGGACAAAGAACAGCUGGAAAUCACAAAGGCUGAACUUCAGAAGCUGAAGGAACAUGCAGGCAGACUGCUUCAUGACAUAAACAGAAAUAAAACCAGCAUUAAAGAUCUAAACCUUCAGGUUCAGGCACAACGAGACAAACUUCAAGAGGUCUUUAACACAAUCGCUUUGAAACAAAAAGAACAAGAACGAAAGUAUGACGAAGUCAGAAGACAAUUUCAGCAACUACAAACCCAUAUGAGCAGAGUUUUCGCAGAGAGAGAAGUUUUGAGACAGGAACUCAGUCAGAAGAAUCAAGAACUGGAUAGAAUAAAUCGGACAGCGAACGAGAAGCGGGAGUUGGAUCGGAUCAGACCUGAUAUUGCGACAAAAAUAAAGACGUUCCAACAAGACGUGAAGGAGAGAAUAGAAGAUAUUGACCUUCAAAGCCAGAGAAAGACGACUCACGCUGUACUCGAUCAGAUCAACUGCGAGAACAUGAAGUUUAAAGAUCGGUCUCUGCAGUUUCAGAAGUUUAAGAAUGUCGUGCAAAUGAUUGCACAGAAACUACAAGAACACAAAUUAGAGCACGACGAGACCCAAGGACAGGUCAGAGAUUUGGAAACUACAAGGGGAAAAGAAGAAGGGGAGGAGGACAUCAUCAACCAAGAGAGUCAAGUCCACAAAGAAGGUCUCAUCAGUAUGAUCGAGCAGAGAGAAGACAUGGAAAAGUUACAGCUUGACAAACUAAAAGCAGAGCUGAAGGAAGAGAGAGAGGACCUGGACAAAGAGAAAGUAAACUUAAAACUGAUGAAAUCCAACAAUGAGACAGAAACCGAGAAAAUAGAACAAGAUAAAAAAGGUGUCGAAGAGCAAAAGGACAAGCUGGGAAUCACAAUCCUGGAGAUGAACCACGAAAAAGAACAACUGUGUCAAAUGAGGGCGACUCUUGACAGGGAGAAGGAAAGGUUCAUUCACGAAAAGCAGGGAAUGAAAGAGGAAGCGUGCGAGCAUUGUCUAAACACCAUGGCUCAUGUGAGAGCAAAACUGGGACAGUUGACUCAAAGGACACGCAACGUCUUCAGGAAGAGCACAGACAACCUGGAGCGGAAAAUUGUCGAGAUACUCAAACUGACUUCCGUCUUAGAACACGAGUGUCGUGAGUUGGAUACACAGAGACGUGUCAUCGCUGGUUAUUGUGAAGUGAUGCAAAAACAUGUGGGGACAAAGACAUUUGACCAGGCAGUACAGACUGAGGAUUUCAAGAAACGGGAGGAGAGUCAAGUUGUAGUGACUGAUGUUGAAGGAGAAAGUAAAGAUUUAAAAACUCUGCAAAUGGUCACAGAAGAAGAGUCGUCGCCAGAGCAAGGUGACAAAACGUCAAGGAGAGAGAGUCUGCGCAAGAUUUGGAAGGACACUAAAAAAGACCGGAAGGAGAUUGAUCACAUGGUGUUCAGAGGCAACGAAAUGAGACACAACCUGGAGAGGAGACUCAAGGUGGUCAAUCAGUUUGUUAAGAGAACACUGUUUCAGAAGGAGAAGACAGAAGUGGAACAAGAACCUGCAAGUCCUCACACAACAUCUAAAAGCCACUGGGAGAAGAACCAGAGGGCUCUUGACGAAAAGUACGCAGAACUCCAACAACUGAAGGCUCAGAUGCUCGGUGAGAUCGAGAAACUCUGCCUGAAAGAAACGGCGUCGAGGACACAGGCGAGGACCAGCGACAAAGCUAAUCAGACGUCACAACAAGCGUCGACUGAGACACAUGAGCACACCGUGUUUCAAUCUCAAGCAGCUUCUGAGGCGUUGAGCGGACUCUUCGGGCAGCUCCGGCAUUACUGCUGUCAGUGCUGCUGCCCCUGUUGUGCCAGCUGUGAACAAGUGUGUGAACAAGAGGAGUAAUGUAUAAGCGAUACAACUGAACACAACUAAAUAUAACAGUAUUUCUGCAGAUUAGAAUGGAAAUAUGUGUCAAACAUGUGUCACCUUUCAUGGCUUUUAUAAAAUAUUUUCAUGCGUAUUAAAUAUUAAUAGUGUUUUAGGUAUUUUUAGGAAUGAAUGCUGUGAAAAAGAAUCUUGUUUUUAUUCUAUUUCUUUCUAUCUAUUGCUUUUUGUUCUUGCUUCUCUUGUGAGGUUGCCAUUUCUUUACUUGUAAGAUUAUUUAGGAAACAUACUCGAUAUAUAUAUACAGUAUAUAUGUAUAUAUACAUAUAUAUGUAUAUUAUUAAUAAAUACAGUACAUAAAAAUAAGAUGUGAUCUUUUUCCACCAAAGUUUUCUGCCCAAAUAAUUU